UAUAUUUAUUUAAAUGUGUCUUUUCAAAUAACUUGUGCAGUACGCGCUAAAAAAAAAGACCGGAAAAAUAUGAUCUUUUUGAUAACGUGUUGGCUACUAUUGAGCGUAAUUGCUUUAAUUUACAUUUUUUUAACAUGGAAUUAUAAUUUUUGGAAAAAUCGAGGCGUGAAUGGACCUAAGCCAACGUUAAUAUUUGGUAAUUUACCCAGCGCCAUAACGAGAAAGCGUAACAUAAUGUACGAUAUUUGGGAGAUAUAUGACGCUUUUAGAGAUGCAAACUAUUUUGUGGGCAUAUACAACAAUCGCAAUCCGGAGUUAUUGAUAUUGAAGCCAGAGCUGGCUAGAGAAGUUUACGUUACAAAUUUUAAACAUUUUCAUGACAAUGAGAUGUCAAGGACAAUAGACGAACGAAUUGAUUUUUUAUUUGCAAAUAAUCCUUUCAUCGCCACCGGUUCUAAAUGGAAGGAAAGAAGGACAGAAUUAACUGGUGGUUUAACAGCUGCACGGAUCAAGGCCAUGUUUCCGGUAACGCUGAAGACUUGUAAACAUUUAGUAUGCUAUGUUCAGGAGGAAAUCAAAUUGGCUUCAACUCAAGGCAUAGAUGCGAAAAACCUUUGUUCUCGCUUCACCGCCGAUAUUAUAACCGAUUGCGUUAUGGGUUUAGAAAGCGAUAGCUUCUCGAAAACCGUAUCACCUUUAAUGGGAAUGCAAGAUCACAUGGUCGAAGUGAGUUCGUUUCAUAAAGUCAUAGACCAUUUCCUGCCCAAAUUAAACAAAUGGCUUAAACAUCGUUUUAUUACCGAAAAAUUUGAGCAUUACUUUCACGAGUUAAUGGAAAAUUCCAUUAAUUUAAGGAAAUCGGACGACAAAUUGUCUACGCGAGUUGAUUUUCUAAAUUAUUUACUCGAAUUGCAAGCGAAAAAGAAUUUAGAUUUAAGAGAAAUUUCCGCACAUGCUAUGACCUUCUUAUUGGACGGUUUUGAGACAACGGCCUCAGUAUUGGCCCAUACUUUAUUAAUGCUGGCUCGUUACCCAGCUAAACAGCAAAAACUCCGAGAAGAAAUUUUGAAAAGUUUAGACGAAACGGAAGUGUUUGAAAUAGUUUCGGGGCUCGACUAUUUGAAUGCUUGCAUACACGAAACUUUGCGUUUCUUUCCGGUCGUUUUUUUUAUGAGUAAGAGGUGUACCCAACCAUUCGAGAUGGUAAACAAAAAUGGUCAAUCGCUUGUAGUGCCUAAAGAUUUAACGGUUAUCAUACCUCAUUAUCAUAUAAUGAUGGACGAUAGUGUCUAUGAGAAUGCUUAUGAAUAUCAACCGGAACGUUUUCUUUUAGAAAACGGUGGUGUUCGAAAAUACAUGGACAUGGGUGCUUAUUGGGGCUAUGGAGAUGGUCCUCGCAUAUGUCCGGGCGUGCGUUUCGGAUUCAUACAAAUAAAGACAGCUCUCAUCGAAAUUCUACGUCAAUUUAGCGUACAAGUGAAUCCAAAAACGCGUAGUGAUUAUAAAUUUGAUGAAUAUUAUUUUCCACGUCUGGAUGGUGGCGUUUGGUUAGAUUUUCAAUCGUUGUCCGAUGAAAUUUAUGAUGGGAUGCGGCCGCCUUCACCACCACCACCACCACCACCAUCGCAAUGUUCAAAGGAAACUAUAUACUAUGUUGAUUUAACGCAUUCCGAUGUCGCCUUAACGGGCCUUUUUAGCGGGAAAGUCCAUUUUAAAAACUCACAAAACAUGUCACUAAAUGUUAUAGUUGUGAUCGUUGCCAGUGCAAUAAUAUUUUACAAAUUUUUAAUGUGGAAUUACAGCCAUUGGAGAAAACGCGGCAUUAAAGGUCCGAAACCAAAGAUAAUUUUUGGAAAUUUUUCAAAUCCGAUGAAACAAAAACGCCAUAUGAGUUACGAGCUACAAGAGAUUUAUGAAUCUUAUAAGUGUACCGAGAAUAUUGUGGGCGUAUAUGCGAUGCGUACGCCUCGUCUACUUGUCAUAAGCGCGGAAUUAGUUCAUCGAAUAUUUGUUAACGAUUUUAAACACUUUCAUGAUAAUGAAAUGGCUACCGCGGUUGAUGAAAAGUCUGUCAUCGCUGACAAUCCUUUCGUUCUUACUGGAGAAGUAUGGAAAGAUCGAAGGGCCGAAAUAACUCCCGCAUUAACACCAAAUCGGAUCAAAAGUGUUUUCCCCAUAACGGAGAAAGUCUGCGCAACGAUGCUGCAGUUUAUAGAGAAGCAAAUGCAAAUGGGCCCCAAGGACGGUAUUAACGCAUCAGAUCUUACUCUUCGUUUUAGUAGCGAAGUAGUAACCGACUGUGUUCUCGGUUUAAGUGGAAACAGUUUUUCUGAUCAACCUCUUGAAGCCAUGAAUAAAGUGACAAAGCUAUUUGAUCAAAGCUUUUAUUUCAUACUACCGAUACUUUUAUCAAAUUUUUUACCCUCGUUGCGAAAAUUUUUGAAAACUGGUUUUCUCAGCAAAGACUCUGAACAGUAUUUUACGGAUCUGAUAGGAAAAGCUAUCGAUUUAAGGAAAUCAGGUAGAGGAGAAGGUGCAAAUGAAAGUCGUAUUGAUUUUCUGGAUUACUUGCUGCGACUACAAGAGAAAAAGAAUUUAAGCACAUCACGAGUAAUUGCUUAUACCAUGUCAUUCCUGGUUGACGGAUUUGAAACGACGGGCUCAGCUAUGGCACAUUGUUUAUUACUCUUAGGACGUGACGCCGAACGCCAGGAGCAAUUGCGUAACGAAAUCAAAGAAAAAUUGGGAUCUUCAAAUGAUUUCGAUAUUAUUAACAGUCUACCAUAUUUGGAUGCCUGCAUACACGAAACUCUACGUUUAUUUCCACCUUUUUUUUCCACCAAAGUAUGCACCGAAGCGAUUGCGUAUAAUAACAAAAAUAGCCAUUCAAUUAAUAUAGAGAAAGGUGAUGUUGUCAUCUUACCUUUGCAUGCUAUUAUGUCGGAUGAGGAUUAUUACGACAAUCCGCAUUUAUUUGAGCCAGAACGUUUUCUCGAGGAAAACGGCGGCCUCAAGAAAUAUAAGGAUAUGGGUGUUUAUUACGGUUUCGGGGAUGGUCCCCGUUCUUGCUUGGGUAUGCGUUUUGCAUUGGCUCAAAUAAAAACUGGUUUAGUGAAUAUAGUGCGCCGAUUUAAGAUCAAAGUUAACCCAAAGACGCGAGCCGAUAACAAAUACGACGUAAAUUAUAUGUUAACUCGUUUAGAUGGUGGCAUUUGGUUGGAAUUUGAAAAUUUUUAAUAAUUCAACUUAUGUUAUAUAAUAUAAGUAAGAAUCAACUAAUUAAAA